ACCAAAUUCAAAUUGUUGAUUCAUUGUUUGUAUAAUUUCAUGAAAUAUGCAAUAGUUUAGAUGAAGGAUUUUGCAAAACUAUUUAAUUGGAUAAAAAAAUAAAUUAAUAAAUGAAUGUGUCAAUCAAAAUACAAACUGUUGAUUUAUAGUAAAAUUUCAUAAAAUUUGCAAUGGUUUUAAUGAAUGAUUUUACAUAAACUAUAUUUAAUGGAAAAAUACACAGUUUGGAAAUUGCGUAACAUCUCCGUUUUCUUAGAAUUAUUUAUCUGUCUCGUGCAAGUUGAAUGUCAGUGUGACGAUGCCACACGACCUUUGGUGCUGAGUUCCUCUAACACAGUUCAAUAUUUCUCUUCUCCGGCUUAUCCAGACGAUUAUCCUCCGAAUGCCGACUGUGCAUGGUAUAUUGAAGCCCCUAGUGAAUACGAUAAAAUUAUUCUCAACGUAGAACAAUUUAGGUCACAGCAAGAUGAGUUCCUUAACAUCUAUGAUGGCUCUGAUGCUACGGGAGACCCGCUGGAACAGAUAGACGACACAAAUCAGAAGCAAUUUAAUGCAUAUGUCAGUCCUGGUCAUCAGUUAUAUUUCACGUUCCAAUCAGACGGCGCUAAUCAGCAGAAAGGCUUCAACAUUCUUUUCUUUUCAAAUAAUUCAGCAAAUCAGUACCAAUGUGGGGAAACAAUAACAACAACGUCGGAAGCAGCGUUAAUUAUGUCACCUAAUUUACCGAACCAGUUCGCCGCGGACGACAACUGCAACUGGCUUUUCUCUUCUACGAGCGACACUAUUUCGUUUCAAAUAGUUUUUCUAGAUAUGGCUAGUUGCAAGCCCGAAUAUUUGUCAUUCUAUGACGGAACUUCGAACACUGAUCCUCUUCUAGCCCAGGUAUGUGCAACAGCCUAUACUUACACAUUCGACGAAAUAUCAACAACAGGUUUUCAGGCAUAUGUGGAAUGGACAGUUAGCAGUAAUGCUAUUGGUUAUGGUUUCAUGAUAGCAUACGUAUUAAGCGGAGGUGCUAAUUCUACAAACGAUACAGCUGUUCUUGGAAUAAACAUGACGUACCCUCAGUAUAAUGAGACCGUGGAACUUACAAUUCCUGAAGACCAGCAAACAGGAUACGUUAAUCAAUCAAUUGCUGUGAUUAUCUUAACGUACACUGGGUCACUGAGUCUGAAUAUUGACCCAUCGUACGAAGCAACCACGGAUCAAACAAUCGACCUUUCACAAGUGCAAGUCUUCUCGUUUGACGACUCAGAUCUCCCUUAUUUAUACCUGUAUUUAUCAUCAAGCUUGGAUUAUGAGGUCAUCAACAAAUUCAGCCUACUCGUGACAAUAGAUGACAGUGAUGUCCCAGAAGUUACAUAUACUGUAACGUUCAACAUAACCAUAACAGAUGUGAAUGAUGAAGCACCUACGAUUUUAAAUCUUCCGUAUAACGUGACCCUGUCAAGAAACAAAAAGUCCGGUGAGUACAUCUACACUGUGAAUGCUACAGACAGCGAUGAAACGGCUGAGUUUAGGAUCAUAACGUAUAACAUAUCUUCUGGUAAUACAGAUGCAAUAUUUGGAAUUGGUAAUACAUCUGGUGAAGUGAAUCUGAUUAGAGAUGCUAACCAGAUACCUACAACAGUUGUCAAGUAUGAUCUGAGUAUCGCAGCUUCCAGCGAAGCAGGCGACACCAAACUUGACACGUUUGAGACACUAACAGUAUACAUAGACCCUGACAGUCCGCCAGUGUGCACACACAGCACGGUAUGGGCAGACAUGCUCGAUAUAAAUACUGCUACAGCUGGAACAACUGUAACUUUUCUAGACUCUUGGAGUUGUACCGAUGAUAAUAACAAUAUAACAUACAGUAUUCAUUCAGUUAAUCCAAAUCUGACAUCUCCUGCCUUUGAGAUUGAUAAUGCAACUGGACAUAUAACCAUAUUACGGGCGAUCUCGCCAACCGAGGUUGCGAACAGACAAUUUUUGCUGGAGAUUUAUGCAACAGAUUCCGUAGGACAAACGGAAACAUUCAACUUGUAUAUGAACGUCACUGCCAUGUCCUGCCUUCCAAAUCCGAGAAACCUGUAUGUCCGCAUGGACCAAGAACUGGGUGGUGUAAUACUCAGCGAUUUCAACUGUACAAUCAAAAGCGGUUUGUCAUUCACACUGAAAGAGUACCCGAAGGGAACGUUUGCUGUCAACCAGAACUAUCAACUGAUUUUGACAGCAUCUGUUGUAAAGAUAAAGUUUUACAGUCUAACAGUUACGAUUACGGAUGGUGUCGACGUUUCUCAACUCAAGUUCAAGGUCAUUGUUCAAACCAAACGAUGUGGAGUUGCCAGUGGAAUAACACCUUUAUCAUAUACAUUACAAAACAAUAAGAUUGGUUUCAUGUUUUUGUUAUCUUGCGUGACAAUAUUAGUACGUUAUGUACUUUAAGUACUAAGCAAAAAAAAAUGGAAAAAAAGAAGAUACAUGAAAGUGCAUGAGAUUUCUUUCUCGUGAAAGGUAAGGCGUGAAAAAAGUAGUCUACAGAUUUACACAACUGUAUAUCGAUGGCAACUGCUGUUACCUUGGAUAUAAACGUUUGACAUUUAUAUACGACCAAUGGAUAAGAGAUUCAUUAUAACUGUUACUACCUCAUGACAACAUACAUUUUGUAUUGCAUAGUUCGCUGAUUUAUAUUUAUUGUAAAACUAUUUUCUUUUAGUCCAGUUAAGCUUCGAUUGUGAAGAUGCAUCAUUCAUCGUCAGAAUAUGGCUGAAUAUGCAUAGCGGGUAAAAACCUAGCUCGUUUGUAGACCUUAUGAAUCAAUAUGCCAUUUUUGCACGGAAUGAUUAAUAAUUUAUAUAUCGAUGGGUCAUGACGAAAGUUUUCAAAGUGCUUACAAAUUAGAAAGCAUGUAGAAUGAUUUCAUUAUCAUCCCUCGAUAUGUUAUUUGUGGCAGGUCCUGUUACGUUUGAUAAAAUUGUUGACAAAGUGAUCAUGCAAUUAUGCUUCACUGAACUUGAUAAUACAUGUGUUUACUAUUAUGUCUGGUAUGUCUUUUUUGUCUGAAUUUGCAUGUUAAACAUAAAAAAUCAUCGUGCUUAAACUUCAUAAUUUAAGAGAAAAGGUGGAAACUCCACGACCAAGUGAAAAUGUUGUAGGCUUGGUUUGACUGAGCCUUUACAUGCAUUGGAUGAUAGCGGAAUUGCAAGCUUCCAUCAACGCCCUUUAGCCCCGGGUUGAGAAGAACUCAACAUUUACACAUGUUACGAGCAUCAAAACAGUUUGGAGAUCGCUGCACAAAUAACGAUACUUUGAUAAUAAAAUAGAAAAAAGUGGAAACUCCACACGUCCCCACACACGGCAAAAAUGAAUAUACUGCAGGCUCGGUUUGAUUUAGCCUGACCAUGGUCGGUAGUGGAUAUUCGUGCUACUACCGUCCACGUCCUCUAGCAUCGGAUUGAGCAGAAUUCAAGAUUUGCAAUGUUACACUGACCUAAAAUCAAUUUAUAGACCCCAGAUGCGUUCAUACGGCGGUGUACAUGGAACCUUUAAUGAUACAAAGACUGCAGUUCCAACAAAAGACUUGCCUACACAUUACCACUUGCAAAAGCAUAUCACUUACUUUUAUUUCGAACUCGAAUAUAACUCUACUAACAAGACAGCAGACAUAAUGUGUGAAACGAUAAACACAAGAAAACGUGGAAACCACAUUAGAACUGUCUGUAAACUAAAAAUGAGGAACUUCGGAGAGGGAUGGAUGGGGGAGUUAAGGUGGUCAAGAAGCAUGCACUUGUUAUGUAUUUCCGUAGUUUGUGAUCAUGUUGUAACAACUUGUUUGUAAUAUAGGGAGCACUUUUAUUGGAUUCGUCCAAUAUAGAGCAAACUUGGUCAAAACGAAUGUGGCAUUACCAAGUGUGAGUAGUUGAUUAUGUCAUUCUUCAGGUCAUCUCUAAUGUCAUAUAAUUUUGUUUCUCGCAUAUCUUCAUAAAACAACCAAAAUUGACCAGCCGAGUGGUUAGUGCCACUGAUUAUACAACACUUAUGUACAAACACUAUCUUCCUCAUCGCUACUACUAUGCUCCACGAAAAACGAUGUGUUUCUUUUUGUCCGAGGUAUUAAAAAAGCUACAAACGUG